GGUGGUGGUGCAAGAAGACGGGGCCGAGCCGAGGUCUUCGAUCAGGUUUGGAUCUUGUGGUUGGCUCAGAUAAAUACAAGACUGUUCAUAACCCCCCCCCCCAUUUCCCGGUAGAAGCAAUGGGCUAAGUGAAUGACCUGAGGCAUGAGCCCACAACCGCCAGCCCUUGCACACGGCAGCCAUGCUCCCGCGAGGACUUCCGCAGCCAUGGGGGAGGCUGUGCCGUUGGUCAAACCCAUUUGUGCAGUUCCUCGCUUUGACGGUUGUGACCUUUGGUGUGCUCGCACCGCUGACUUGCCAGCAGUUCCUCUACUCCUAUUUCUAUGUGCGCCGCUGGUAUCUGCGCCCGAUGAGCCAAGAGUUCCUGAAGCAGAACCAAGAGGACGGUCUGAGGGCCCUCCGCUACUUUGAGAGACUGCGGACCCCAAAUACAUCCGAAAGGUUGGGCAACGAUGCCUUCCAUCCGUGGCUGCUGAUUACCAUCAUCACGGUCCAGAGGCAUCCCGAAUUCCACUAUGUCCUUCAGGUGGCCUCCCGUUUCCACCGCCUCCUCCGGGAGUGUGGCCCUCCCUGCCGUCGCCACCAGAUCUUGCUCUGCAAUGUGGAAACGGAUCCCGGCAGCCAUUGGGAUGCCAAGCUGCUGUCCAGCUUUAUGUCUAUGGCGAACCACUACGGAGGCCGUGAGAAGGCAGAGCUCUCGCCGAACCAGUUUGAGAAGGAAAAGCAGGACUACGCCUAUUGUCUUGAGAAGUCGCUGCAGGCCUACGACCCGGAGUAUGUGCUGCUGGUGGAAGAUGACGCUGUUCCCGAGGAGGAGAUCUUUCCCGUGUUGCAUCACCUGUUGCAGGUGCGGUUCUCAAAGGCACACCUGCAAGACGCCCUUUACGUGAAGCUCUACCAUCCAGAGAGACUACAGCGUUAUAUCAACCCAGAGCCCAUGAGGAUCCUCGAGUGGCUCGGAGUAGGUAUGUUUCUGGGGUCCCUGUUGGGCUUCCUCUACGCCUGGGUCUCCAGCCGCUCCAGCCCCAGUUGGCCUGUUGUGCUUUUCUUUGCCCUGUACAGUAUGCUGCUGGUAGAACUGGUGGGACGGCACUACUUUUUGGAACUCCGCCGCCUGGCCCCUCCGCUCUACAGCAUAGUGCCCGCGACAGAAUGCUGCACACCUGCUAUGCUGUUCUCUGCCUCUUCUGCCCACCGUGCCUUGGGUUACUUGAAAGAACUGCACUGCCGCCCAGGCUUUGCCAAAGAUACCGCCAUUUACUCGCUCCUGCGCACGAAGGGCGAACGGGCAUUUGUGGUGGAGCCCAAUCUGUUCCGGCACGUGGGGUUGUUUUCUAGCCUCAGGAUGAAUGGCAAUCCCAAACUUCUCUGAUGCUGCGGAGCUUUCUGGGAGUGGGGGGGGCGGAGCCUGAGUUGCCUGCCGGCCCGAGAAGCCAAGCAAGCGGCCGGCCUGUUUUGCUCGCAUGCAAGCACAAGGGAAUAGAUGGCACAGUGAUGCCGGUCAUCUCGGGACAUUGCCAACAGCAAGACGCCUCUCUAGAAAGUCACAAUUGCUCAUUUUAACGCUUGACUUGACUUGAAAUCCUAGCACACCCUGUUGUACUGCCGGUGAACACUUUCUGUCUUUUCCGGUCCAACAACGGGUUUAAAUGCGUGAGGCUGCGAUCACACACACUAAAUAAGCCACUUUCAGUGCACUUUACUGUGUGAAGUGGCAAAAUCCAGUUUGAAAGUGAAUUGAAAGUGGAUUAUUUAUUAUGCGCGAUCGCAGCCUGAUUGUGGAUUCUUAAAGAGGUGCCGUCGUCUUCUGUUCCAUUAAGGGUUGGUGAAUUGCUCCAUUCUCUCUCUCACCUUGAAAUGUAUGUUUGGAGGGGAUCUCUUCAGCCCAGACUGAGAGCCAAAACAAAAGCAGUAACCUCCUGUGACAUACCUACUGCUGUAUUGCACUCUUUCAGAUUGCUUUGGAUGUAAGGGGGAUUCCUGUUUGUAUUUUCCCUGCCAUAGGGCUUUUCCGCAUUCUCAUUCUACUCACUGUUAAGUGCCUGUUCCUGUUGGGGGGGGGGGAUUCUGUUCCGCAUGCGUUUGGCUCCGUCUAGCGGUCGAUUCAGUAUUACAGUGGUUUAUGUCCAGUGUAUCUCCCUGCAGAUUUAAACUAGAGGUAGCAAAACACAUGCGGAACAGAACCGCCCCUACCCUCCUCUGAAGAAACAGGCACCAGUGGGUAAAAUAAGAAUGCGGGAUGAGCCCACAUAUAAAAUACAAAAGGUGGAUUCAAAAUUAGCCUUUUUCUGGACAUGCUGUUUUUUUAAGGGUGGUUGUAGGGGAUGUGUGGAGAGCAUAAAAACAGUUAGUCCCUUGCCUGCAAUCUGAAAUGCUACAUUCCAGCAGUAUAGAUGCACAGAAGGCAUUUGGUCAUCUCUCUGAGUUCUAAGUGAUGCAUUUUAUAGGGAACGAGCUUGGUGGCUGGCUGGACAUACCAGAAGUGUUUCUUUAUAAACACUUCCAAAUAGGUUAUUCGUAUAAACGUGUUCAAGAGUUGGUUUCCCUUCACUGAGGCAAUAGUGUCUUGUUUUGCUUUUAAGAAUAAGACAAAACAGUUGAUCACCACCUGUCAACAAAAGGUCGGUGUUAUCAGGGAAGCAGGUGGGGGGCCAUCACUGCUCAUUUGUUACAUUAAUCUCACCCAGUAUCUAUAUCGACUUCCUGGUCAUUUUGGAGCCAAUCAUGCAUCUGUGGAUAUGGCACCGUUCUCCGAGGGCAGUGUGUACCAGUUCACAAUGCAUGUGAGAUGAUUUUAAGUCCAAGUCCUCCUACGCGUGCGAAGCCUCCUUUGUGAGGAGACACACCACAGGCUGUAGAAGAUCCAACUAGGCUGGAUGAUCUCUGGGCUGUUACUAGACCUGCUUCCUGCCAGUCUGUCCCAUGCUCCCCCUACUACUAUAUGCAUUCCCCAAGACGGGACAAGUGGGAGGGAUUUCCUUCCCAUUGCCCCAACCUGUUUAAGCACUUGCUUCCCUACAAGUCAUCCAUGAGUGAUUAGCACUAUUCAGGGCUGUCCUACAGGCAACUGUCCCCUCCCCCCCCCCCAAUUUCUUCUUCAUAUGCCGUUUCUGGUCCCAAGUGCUAGUCAAUCUGACGUCCACCUUAUUUUUCUGUGGUAAACGACUUCUUAAGAAGCAGAAGUGCCUUAUGCAGACUCUGUACACAGCUUCUGAGAAGUGUUUCCAUACUUCUUUUGCACUCUUGAUGAUCUGUGUGAACUGCAAGCUUUGGGAGGGUGGGCACUCUCUUUUCGUGGAGGCAAUAAUCUUAAUACGUAACCCCCCCAAAAAACACUCCUCAUCCCUCAGCACUUAAAUUGGAAAGAUGCCCUUUCUGUGGGGGUCCUCAUUUUGAGAUGUACAGCUGGACCUGGGGAAAAGUUCCAGUGACAAGUGAAGAUGUUGUGAUCAGUUUCCAUGUUUUCUAAUACAUAAAAGUCCCAUUGUUUUCCGUCAGUAGGAAUUCACGUGUAACAAACAAAUGUGUUAACAAAAUAAUAAUAAAAGUUCCCCUUUCCAGGUUGGAUUAACUGGUUUACAUUCCUGUUGAAAAGGCAGAGUUCAGACCCAUAUAGAUCGUUCACAGUAAAGGUGUGUUGAAAAGGUAAAGGUUCCCUUGCUCGAAAGCCAGUCAAGUCCGACUCUA